ACUGACGUGCAAAGCUAAAUUUACACAUCGGCAACACCACUGAAGAGGACGAGUCUCACGUGAGCCUGACCCGCUGACGGUAACCAUGGUUUUAUUUUGAAGGCUGAAAGCGACCCGGUAGUUCGUCGUCUUUGUUCUCAUAAUGAGCGGGGAAACUCGACCUUUUUGUGCUCGCUAGGAGUGCUAUUAGUGGUACCUGCCUUCCCUUAGCUUUAAGUGGACACGGACCUUUCUCCCCACAGAGGACAUUUGAGCCACGACGUCCUGAAGCAGAGCAACUAGUCUGUUUAUCGAGUUAUCUCAUGCUAACGAGUAGCGCUAGCUGGGUUCUGACAAAGCAGCUAACAGCGGCGAAGGUGAGCUUUUAGCUACUGACUUUUAUCACUGACAGGUCUAUUCACACCGAAAAAUCAUAUGUGAGGUAAACUUUAAACAGCUCGCUCAGUGGUGAGUAACCUGUAGGGCAGCUGACCGCUGUAUGUUAGCAAAGCUGCAUGAUGUUGACGUGGAGCUGGAUACCGGACUGCACGCGUAAACCAACGUUUCUACUUGUUUGAGGAGUUAACAAAUGCGUUUCGAGAGACUGAAAAAAGUUUGUUUUUUUUUGUUAGGAAGGGCUGGCCAAAGAAUAAGCUAACUGUUGGCUAACACUGAGCUGAAGCUUUCGUCAACUUUCCCAGUUCCUCUGUGCUAAGGUGUCGCUGAAAUACUGAAAGCACCCUCGAAGGUUGUCAGCUGAAACCAAACAUGUAGACUGUUCUUCUGGACUUUAAAUGGUGGAGUCUCGUUAAGAGUAGAGCCCUGUAAGUAAUGUAGGGUGGGGGCGAGUGUAACCUUUUGUCUGAUGAACUGCUCGAACACACCCACAGGUGUGGCGAUGACCCGAGGACGUCACGUUGCCCAGGCCUGAGGCCUCCUGAACAAGUAUUUCAACUUCAUAACUACACCGACAGCACGUGCAUGCUUUUCUCUGAAGCUCGGGAAGCAACAGGACGUGAGAACUGACGAUUUUAACCGAGCUCUAACAAGCUCCGCGAGCAGACAUGACAGCUGUGGUGGGCAAAGCGUGGGGGUGGGUCCGCUCAUGGGGCAGCAGCGGUGCCAGGUCAAAGGACACUAACGUUUUGACAGCUGAGUGCCAAAAGCUGCGUGGCAGUGGUGGUUGGGGCAUCAAGGCUUGGAGCGCUUGGAUCUGGGGCUCAUGGGGACGUCAGCAUGAACUAAGCAGUCCAGUAGAGGAGUACUGGGAGGCACAGGAGAAGCUUCAGCCCAUUAAAACUGAAGAUCUGGCGGCAGGGAAGCCAGAGACUGAAACUGUACUGGUUCCUAGGUGGUGGGAUAGAUAUCUUCCAACUUCUUAUCUGUGGCCAAGGAAAACUGAGCUAAGUGGACUACGACACAGGAAACGUGACGGUGGGACUGGAGAUCCACGAGAACGUGAUACUGAUGGAGACUUUUCUGAUUAUGGAACCCCCCCUCCGUCUCCCACCCCUUCUCCCUCUCAGCUGACUUCUCCUUUUCGACUGUUUGCACACAGCUGGAACGUGGAGAUUGUACCAGAGCACUACGAGAUCUGCUUUAACUUCCUACGCCACUUGUUUGACCUGUUUGUUGUUGGCUUCCUGUGGACUGUGUCACCUCCUGCCAAGCUUAUCCUGGAGGUGCUGGGUGUCCAGGGAGCACUGAGACUGUGGUUUCAUGGUAUGGCUAUGUUUUUUGUCGCCACAGUUGGAAUGGCAGGAUUACUCUGGUUGAUCCAGGAGUAUCUCCUGCAGUUUGCCCUGAUCUAUGGCAUCAUUCAGGCGUUGGUGAUCUCUGUCAGUGUUCGACAGAGUGUGAUGCUAGGUGUUGAGGAAGAGAAUGACCAGACAGGAAAGGACACUGAUGACAUGAGAGACACUAAGGAACACAAAGACAAGCCUGUGUCUGUCACAGACAAGGUAAAGACAAAUUAAAGAUGGAGAGAAUUUGCUGGCACCACCAGUAUCCCAGCUGUAUCACACCUCCUCCAGCCCUCUGACAUCACAGCGGUGGGACUGACACAGACUGUGGACUGCAGCGUGUGGACUGCAGCGUAACUUAAGAAUUGUAUUGCACAUUAAUUUCAUAUUCAGAGAAAUGAUACUUGUGUCACUUUAUGUCCAGCACUACAGAUCUGCAUCUGUGUUCAGUUGAUCUCACUGUUGUCACCAGAAUGUUCUCACUGACAACUGUUGCUGUUGUAAUCUACAACAGAAGAGCUCAUGAAUGUUCAGAGAAUGCUUAAGUGAAAGGGGAAAACACCAGCAGGUACCUGUUUCUAUUUUCUUGUUUGUGGGACUACUGUUCCCAUGAGACAGUCACUUGAUUUGAGACCAGCUGACUGCCUCCAGUGCGUUGUGUUGGUGAGUAGAACUUGGAACAACAAGUCUUAGAGAGGACAGAUGCAGCAUUUAUGAAGAGAGCCUCACUGAGACACUUUAGGUGAAGCAGAAAUAUCUUUGGGUCUCUUAAACAUAGCAAGGAGCAGGAACUCUGAACAGAAGUCUUACUGAACAGCACCACCAACAGUUUGCUCCUGCAUCCACUGGCCAGUUUUAGUGUGCCUCCUAAUGUUUAGCUCUUCUGACCGUGUUCAUUGUGUGUGUGGGGGGCAAAUUUAAAUCUGCCGUAUGGCCCCGUUCAGUUUGAACUCAAUUGAAGCUUGGCCAUGUACAUUUGCUUGACUUUAACCUUUGUUCCCUGUUCAACAGUCUACCACUGCAAACCUGACAGGCUGCUGGGAAAUCAGGAAGUUAUUCCUGCACCAUCCAUGUCAGCAGAGUUCAGUAUCGGUCUUCUGCAUUGUUUAUAGCAGGAGUGUGGACGUCCUGCAGGUUUUAGAUGUGUCCUUGGUCCAACACAGCUGAUUGAAAUGGCUAAAUGACCUCCUCAACAUGUCCUGAAGUUCUCCAGAGGCCUGGGAAUGAGCUAAUCAUCUGACUCAGGUGUGCUGACCCAGGGUGAGAUCUAAAACCUGCAGGACACCAGCCCUCGAGGCCUGGAGGUCCCCACCCCUGGUUUAGAGUCUGUGAUGGUACUGACCUGUGACUUUGAGUUUGUAUCCAGGACACAAUACCGGCUCACUCAGUUGAACAGGGAGCUAAUGUGAAUAUUUGUGUAGCCUGCAGGAGAUCCGAGCUAGUAGCAAACACCACUGGUGAGCUAUAGCUAGUCAAGACAUGCACACUGCAGCAUAGACUGUAUUAAAGCCAAGAGUAGUCUGCAAUUUAAAUUUCUUUUUCUAGACAAAGAGCAACAGAUUAAUGAAAUCUAAUUCAGAUCUUUCAUUUCAAGUCAUAAAGGAAGUAGCUUCAGCACGGAGAUGGUUGCUGUUCAUUUAUAAGUGAUCAGAUGUUCGGUGAAUCAAACAGCAGGUCUAUCUGAGCUGUAGAAGCUUCUGAAACCUUGGCAUGCAUUUGCAGCCGAUGCUACAUUCAAACUAUGAACUCGUUGAAGGAGCAGUACACUCAUUGUUGCUUUCUGUGAGGGAUAUGUGAGAUUUUGGGAACUGGCACAAUACCAGCAGCUGACUUUAAAGUAUUUUCUGUGUACACUUAGAUUCUGCCUUUUGUUGUUUUCUGUGCCAUGAUAUACUCACAACGUAGGUCGUACUUCCCCUCCACAGAAAUGUCACGGAGGGCUUUUCCAUUUACCACUACUCUCGUAUAUAUUACUGUGUUUAAGUAUGUGCCGCUGAACCAUUUAUUCCAAUAGCACUUAUGGACUUUAGCUCCAUCAGCCUGUGCGAUGAUGAAGCCUUUGGGCAAAAUUAACUGAAGUAUUUGUGUCUUAUUUGUGCAUGACGUAUAACAAAACUACAGAAUUUAUAUUGAUGAAAAUAUAGCGUAAAAUCAAACCCUUACUGCACUUCACAGCACAACAGAGUUCAGAGUCUGCUGAUAGUUUAAGGUAGGAGAUGUAAAUCUGCUGCUUUUCCUCGUCUUACUGUAACAUAGAGGAGUCCUCAGAGGAUGCAGCUUUAAAGGGCAUCAUUGGAUCCUUUGGCCAUGCUAUAUUUGUCCAUCACAAUUCAAAUAAUUAUAUGGUAUUUUUUCCAUAAUCUUACAAUCUUAAUCUUGCUUUUUUUCCUGUUUUUGGCCACAUAAUGAAAUAUUUAAGUGUUUGAAAAUGUUUGAUUUUAUAAUAUUGUUCAAGUAAACAGGUUACACCAAAUCUUUACAAGUCUAUGUGUAUACUUCUUUGUUAUUGUAUUAAUCACUUGCCUGAUGCUGAUCCCUUGUAUUAACCUGGAAGAAACAAAGCAGGGAAAGAUUCCUAGCUGCCAUCCGCCGCAACCGGUAGAGCUGUCUUUGUUUUUGAUUUCCUUCUCAGCUGAAAUCUUGAAACUCUGGUGGUUGGUUAUGUGGAUUGUGCUGGAAUGACCUUUUGUAGCCAGAGUGCAGUACCACACUGAAGUCUUUGCAUGUAAUAGCCAGCUAAACCUGAUUGUUGCAUUUGUUGUUUUACUUCCAUUUGUCUCCAUUCAUGCUGGGAAAUGUACUUGCACAGAGCUGAUGACCUUUUUUAACUGUCAGAAUGAAUUAAGUGGUCAGUGCGUUCUUCAAAUCAGAUGUGUAACACUGAUGGUACUCUGACAAGUGACCUAAAAGCAUCUUAGGCUGUGUGAACCUCUGUAGCCUGUAGUUAGUUUCAACAGAUGAUUGAUACCUGCCACAUCACGCUGUAAAAUCACCAGGAGCCAUCAUAUGAAAUUAAAUCUGCAUUAAAAAAGACUCUUGGGUAGUUUCAAACAAUAAAUUCUAAGGUAUUUUUUUACUAUGAGAUGUUGAUGAUGUUAUAGUCUGUAGGCCAAAGUUAGCUGUGUUUAGUAGAUG